AUGGCGUCAUUGCACAAUGCACAUGCUAAGGGUAGAUUUUUCACAUCGAUCUGCCAUUAUUUUUUAGGUCGAGCCUGUCAAAUAGUUAAAAACGAGUCGAGAUAUAUCAAACGCAAAAGGCAAGUCCAUGGCCAUGCCAUCGUUUCAUUUUAUGCAGUCCAUGGCCAUGCCAUCUCCCGCUUCUUUUGGUGGCUGAUUUGUGCCUCGACCAACGUCCAACCUGGUGGUACACCUGGACGGAGGGUUGAAGCUAAGGUGCUUCAGACUGAGGCCGUCGGUAUGGUAUGGGUUAGCUUCCCUUCAAGGGUUGGCUUGCUUCUAUUGUUGACUGACAAGCCACGUGAUCUCACCCAUCCUGGACCACCAGGGGAACCCACUGGUUUACAAGGGUUAGUAUACCCGCUAGCCAGCAUACCAUGUACUAUGGUAGAGUGUGGUGGCCACCCGGUGACAAGUUUACCCCCCCAGUUGGAGAGGAAAGGCGGACUUGGAGAAGCAGCCAUUAAAAAGGGAUUCAAAACCUUUGCUGGAAAUAGAACCAUUGGCAAUCGCAAAUCGGCCACCAGUUCUCCUGGUAUAGCGCCAACACCAUUUGUGGUCCAUACCCACAUUGAUUGGAGAGUUUGGGCAAACGAGAGAAUUGAUUCUCACUGGCAAGAUCAAGCUGAACAAUUACCCAAGCCAGUCAUAGCAUAG